AAUCCAGUUCUCGUUUAUUCGGAUAAGAUUCUUGAACUCGAAGCGAGAUUCUUCUCCAUCCCACCCGCUCGUCGAAUCAGUAAUUAUCAGUCAUUACCGAAAUUUGGAGCUUCAAUUCAAUCAAUGGCGCCCUUUUUUCUACUGGAUUAAAUUGUUGCUCACCCACUUUCUUAAAUGGAUUUUCCUGCAACUUUUCGCGGGAAUUCCUUCCCCUUGUCUCAGUGCAGCUCUUGCUGUUACAUUCGUUUCAAUCCCUGUUUAGCUUCGUUUACUGGUUCGAGGGACCAACGGAUUCGUCACAGUAGUCUCAAGCUCUACCGGGCUUCCAGCCGCCCGAAGCGAGGGGUUGCUUGUAGAGUGACUGAAACGCAGACUGAACCUGAUAGCAAUAACGAUAAGGAAGAAAAUGGCUCUGAAGAUGGAGAAAAGCCAUCUUUCUCCGACUCUUUCACAGAAGAUAAGUUUCAGGUUGAUUCUCAGCCUGUUGAUCAAGGAAACAACAAUGAUGCUGAAAGUAAGGACCAAGGUGACAUCCCGGAUAUUGAUAAUGUAGAAGUUGCUAGUGGAUCUCCACUUCCAGGACUAAAGCCGCAACAACUAGACGAAUCAUUCCGGAUUCCUCCUGAAACAAUCGAAAUUCUCAAGAACCAAGUGUUUGGAUUCGAUACUUUCUUUGUGACAAGCCAGGAUCCGUAUGAGGGUGGAGUGUUGUUUAAAGGCAAUUUGCGAGGAGAGGCUGCAAAGAGCUAUGAAAAGAUAGCACGGAGAAUGCAGGAUAAAUUUGGGGAUGUAUAUAAGCUUUUUCUUUUAAUUAAUCCAGAGGAUGAUAAACCUGUAGCUGUUGUUGUUCCAAGAAAAACCUUACAACCAGAGACUACAGCUGUCCCAGAAUGGUUUGCUGCGGCCGCUUUUGGACUGGUUACUGUAUUUACCCUACUUCUCCGAAAUGUGCCUGCAUUGCAAUCCAACUUACUAUCGGCUUUUGACAAACCUGAGUUGCUGCAAGAUGGCCUACCUGGUGCCUUUGUAACUGCACUUGUUUUAGGAGCACAUGAACUCAGCCAUAUAUUAGUUGCAAAAAAUGCUGGAGUUAAGUUUGGGAUUCCAUACUUUGUUCCUAGUUGGCAGAUAGGCUCUUUUGGUGCAAUCACUCGUAUUAUAAAUAUUGUACCCAAGCGUGAAGAUCUGCUCAAGGUGGCAUUAGCAGGACCAUUAGCUGGGUUUUCUGUGGGCUUCCUUCUUUACAUUCUAGGUUUCAUCUUGCCACCUAGUGAUGGCAUUGGAGUUAUAGUUGAUGCUUCUGUGUUUCAUGAGUCAUUUCUUGCUGGUGGUCUUGCAAAGCUACUCUUGGGCGAUGCCCUCAAGGAAGGAACUCCCAUAUCCGUGAACCCUCUUGUGAUAUGGGCUUGGGCAGGACUUCUCAUAAAUGCCAUCAACAGCAUCCCUGCCGGAGAGCUCGAUGGUGGGAGAAUUGCCUUCUCAAUAUGGGGGAGAAAGGCAUCGGCUCGAAUUACAGGCGUCUCAAUUGUUCUUCUAGGACUAGCCUCUCUGUUUAGUGAUGUAGCAUUUUAUUGGGUGGCUUUGAUAUUCUUCUUACAGAGAGGUCCAAUUGCUCCACUUUCUGAGGAAAUCACUGAUCCUGAUGACAAGUAUGUUGGUCUUGGAAUCCUAGUUUUGCUUUUAGGAUUGCUGGUCUGCUUACCAUUCCCCUUCCCCUUUACAGAAGAAGCCAUCACAAAUUUUUAAUGCUCCAGCCCUUUUUUAUAUAGUUUCUGGUGUGCACUGGUAGCUUAGCUACUCAAAACUUAGAAGAGUCCCCCCAAUUCCAUUUUAGUAGACUCCAUUUUGCAGUUCAAUAUGUCUAAAGCCCUUUUUUUGUUUUUAUUUUUUCAGUUCUUUUUAGUGUAGUUGAUAUAUAAUUUACCUUCGAACGGAAAAUGAAAAACCAAAACCAAAAGAGUGUAUAUUGAUGUUCUUUUACAAUCCUGAGAUGGUUUCUUUUUA